GCCCAUAACAUAACACAACGUCCACAGUCUUUGGCUUGCAGUUGCUAACAUGUCCCGCAGAUGAUGAAAAGCCAGCGUGUUAUUAUGAGUACGAUUCCUCCUCCUCGAGCUUCUCAGACUCUCCCUUCACCGGGCUUCAGUGGUCAGGUUGUGAGAGGAGAUGGGAAGAGUGAUAUAAGCGUUCGACACACCAAUCUUGUUAACUAUCGGACGCGAUGAAGGCAUCUCUGAACCUUGAAACUUGGAAGGCAUCGAUUCUGGGGGACAAUGGAUAGUCGGAUCCGUGGCCUCAUGCAUUGAUCUCAAAGAAUCACAGAACUCCCCCAACCCCCGAAUUUCCUUCCGUUUUCUUUACAUAUCCCAUACACACUCCGGGACGAGACCAGCGGUACUGGGGGACGGUGGGCUUUAGUCUGCCUAUGGCUCCGCGCCCCUUGGACAGGCUACAUCUCGUAACCCUCGUCAAUCUGAAUCCCCUUCAGUGUCCAAUGAUACAUACAGCUUCCUUCACAAGUGCAUCUUCUCUAUAUCCUUACCUCCCGCGCUUGCCUAGUUGAGGCCCAGGUAAGAUGCUGUGGUGGUGGACAUCAUGUAUUACUUAUGAAGUACCAACUAAGCAAGGAGAGACCAGGCAAGCGAAGAGGAAUAUACAUAUCGGUAUUUUGGAGUUAUUUCUAUCUGUGAGAGGAAAGGAUUCGAACCUAGUGUUCCGAGGAUUGUUGGUUGCCCACGGUUGAAGUAAAAUAGCGGGCGCGGUGUAUUGAUCGCAGCAUCAGCGUGGUUCCCAGAGGUGUAAACUCAUAAUGUAACCAUUCUAUUGAAUCCAGGAUGUCUUGUCCUCUUCUACCUGGUAUCUCCUUACACUGACCGACGCCCUUGGCACCGGAACCUUUUGAGCCCCUCCUCGAACCCUGCGAGCCUGCCCUCCGCAUCGACUGACCAGGAGCCUAAAACUCACCAAUCACAGCCACGGCCCGCCCAUGACGCCGCUGCACUUCACGAACCCUUGGACAAGCGAGCCCCAACACUGAGAGCCAGCUCAGCCGGCCGUUGCCACUGAACGAGACGAGGUACUAUCAGUACCCAGAGCCAGACCAUCCAUCCCAGACAAGAUACGAAAGAAAUUGGAUUCGCAGGAUCGCGUAUAAUUCUACAUCAUGCACCGGCCAUUCACUCAGUCACCUGUGAUUGUGGACGUUGCCAGCAAGCUUUAGUGACAAGGCCAUCGUCGCAACUUUAAUAAGUUCUGUUGUAUCAUUUCGAGUAGAUUGGAUUGCUGGCUUCCGAGCGACAAAGCUUCCGGCCUAGAACCACCAUCAACAGCAACUUCGAAACCCUCCAAGCAAAUAUAUCCUCCAACUACUGUCCCAGCGACAACAGAACAUACCGGAUAAAUCACAGAAACGAAACGCGUUCCCAUUGACCUGAUAAUCUCCUAGCUGCGACGUACCAGAAGCUGCCCAUUGCCAACAGGUGGCUGUCGCAAGCCCCCGCUGGGCCGUCCUCAGUUGAGAUGGCGAGCUCGUUCGAGAAGUCGGUGAAGGGGGCAACAAAGAUCAAAGCCGCUCCGCCGAAGUCGAAAUACAUCGAGCAUAUUCUGAUUGCGACUCACUCUGGAGAAGCAGGGGUCGCCGAGGUGUUCCGCGCCUUGCAGAAUCGCCUACGAGAUUCGACAUGGACAGUUGUAUUCAAAAGUUUAAUCACAGUUCAUCUGAUGAUACGAGAGGGUUCACCGGAUGUGACGUUGGGAUACCUGGCACGGCAUAGGAACAUGCUUGCUAUAAGCAGCUUCUCUGAUGGUAUGUUGGAGCGAAACUUUUGAAAGGCACUUGCCAUGGAAGGCAACUCCAUUGAGACCGUGCUGACGGAGCAUGGCAAAGUCCAAACACAGGGCCGCAACAUUCGACAUUACACAAAUUACCUGAGCGAAAGGGCGAGGGCGUACCGAGAAACGAAGACCGACUUUGUCCGAGGAGCGGAGAAUCGUCUAGAGAAGAUGACCGUGGACAAAGGACUUCUGCGUGAGACGGAGACCGUUCAGCACCAGAUCACAGCGCUGCUGAAAUGCGAUGUCCUGGAUAACGAACCCGAGAACGAGAUCACAAUUACGGUAUUUCGAAUGCUCGUUCUGGAUCUCCUAGCCAUGUUCCAUGUAAUGAACCAAGCCAUGAUCAAUAUUCUGGGUCAUUUUUUCGAAAUGUCAAGACCAGAUGCUGAACGUGCAAUGGAGAUUUAUAAGAACUUUACGAAGCAAACAGAUUUCGUGGUUCAGUACCUCAGCACCGCUCGACAAUAUGAGCAUCAGACUCGGGUCGAAGUACCGAAACUGAAGCAUGCGCCCGUGAACCUUGGGAAACAACUUGAGGACUACCUCAUGGAUCCAGAUUUUGAGGUCAACAGGAGACAGUACAUCGCUGAACAGGAGUCGAAGUCGAAUCGAGCCAAUGGCACGAGUAAGGCAUUCUCAGCGCCUUCGAAAAGUGACUCCGAGUCUCGUGCCGCGGCGGGAAAGGCAUUCCCUGAUGCACAACCAGUUACCUCAAAACCAGACCAACCUGCGAAAGGACCCGACCCAGAUCUGAUCGAUUUCUUUGGAUCUAUCGAGCAGAACCAACAACCGAUGGCAACCCAAGCCGGCAUGCAACAACAAGCUCCACAAUUCAACAAUGGAGCGCCCUACCAGGUGCAGCCUCAGCAGUUUCAACAGAAUGGAUUUGUUCAGCAACAACAAACCGGGUUCCCAGGUGCAAAUCCAUUCGGCCAGCCAAAUCAGCAACAGCCCUUCAAUACCGGAUUUGGAGGUGCUCAGCAACAGCCUCAAGUCCAAACGAAUUUUACAGGGGCUGGGUUUGGAGGAUAUACGCCUCAAGCUUCAUUCCAACCUGGAAACCUUUCCUCAAUUCCCCAGGAUUCUCCUUCCUUCCAACAACAGCAGAUGGCUAUGGGGAACAUGCAGACUGGAGCUCAGCAGACCAAUCCGUUCCGUCAAUCGAUGAUGGCAAAUCCUACAGGAAUGCCUGGACCGAGCUUUCCAGCCUCGCCUCCCAUCACUUCCCCCGUCACCCACCAAUCCACCAACCCAUUCGCGAAGUCUAUAUCUCCCGUCGGGCAACCAUUUUCGCCACCUCCUGACCAGCAGUUUCAGCAACAACAAGUCCAGCAGCAACAGACCCCUGCACCGAUUCGACCAAUGGCUACUGGGACGAAUCCCUUUGCAAAGAACAUUGUCAUGAACAACUUGGCUCAGCGACCCCAAACGAGCGGAGGCUUGAUGCCACAGCCCACUGGAAGUACGAACCCAUUCCGUCAAAGCCAGUUCGUCAACACAGCUACAGGAUCAGGCUGGCAGCAUAACCAGCAGCCAAUUGGGGGUGGACUUGAUAAUAUGGAGACUGUUCCGGUGUUUCCACGGCCAGCUCAACAACAAGCAUGGCAGCAAUAA